CUUUAUUCUGGAAUGACGUCUCGAUACUGUUGAUACUAUAGUUGGUUGAGACGUUAUAAUUUUUAUGGAAUUAUAGAAUGUUUUGCAUUAAGUUGUGUUAAUUUGUAAAAACACCGAAGCCCUUUUAUUUGUGUUAUUGUUUUGAAAUAAAUUAAUUCUGGUUGGGGUUAAAAGAAAGGCGAGUGGUUAUGCUCGAAGCAUGCCUUCGACCUCGCGGUCGCGGGGCUCCGGACGAGCCAGUGACGCCGCGCCACGGACGCAGGUCAUAGCGCCUAUGUCGGAGCGGCAACAACUGGCUCUUGUGAUGCAAAUAUCGUCACAAGAUGCUCCUCCAGCCGCUCCGACCCCAGCAGAAGAACGAAAACGGACAAGACAACAACGAAAUGAACGUGGAGAAACCCCCCUCCAUGUUGCAGCUAUAAGAGGGGAUCAUGACCAGGUCAAAAAAUUACUAGAACAAGGACAAGACCCUGAUGUGACAGAUUUUGCAGGAUGGACACCUUUACAUGAAGCAUGUAGUUAUGGUUGGUUUCAAGUAGUAGUGGUACUAGUAAAUGGUGGGGCUAAUGUGAAUGCAAAGGGAUUAGAUGAUGAUACUCCUCUUCAUGAUGCUGCUACUUCAGGCAACCUAGAGAUGGUUAAAUUUCUUAUUGAGCAUAGUGCAGAGCCUUUCGUAAAAAACACUAAAGGAAAAGCCCCAUCAGAUUAUGCAGCUCCACACAUCUACGACUAUAUAAUAUCUUUGAAAGAUAAUAACGCGAGAGCUUCUCAUACUGCAAGAACAAGGGAUGACAGCAACAAGAAAAGUGGCAAUGCAAGUACAAACAGUGAAGGCAGUAAAAGAACCAACAUGGAGGGCCUAGCACAGGGUGAAAUUGAAGGAAAAGAGGCCACCCCACAAGAAAAAGGCAAUGCAGAAAUUAAAGAUGAAGGUUCUCAGUUGAGUAGCGGCGUAGUGUCAUCCACACAGGAUGACACUAACUUAAGUAGUAAGAAAGGAAAUUAUGAAGAAAGUCAAGAAGCUGACACACCCGAGGAUGACGUUUCUAAGCGGAAGAAGCGUAAAGAGACUGAAGAAAAGGAGCCGAUGGCUAAGCCUGCGCCUGUAGCUAGGACUGGGACAGGGCGUAAGCCUGGGCCUGCGAGCAAGACGGGCGCGUUGCCGCUGAGUAAAGGCGGCGCUUCGCCCAACGUUAACAAAAGCGCUGCCACUUCGUCUACUGGGAAAGCUCAAGCUACAGGCAAAGGGGCUUCAGGGAAUAAGGGGAAAACAGGCUCCGGUAAAACUGGUCUGCAUAGUGGAAAGCAAGACCGUAGAAGUCCUGUAGCAAGUCCUAAACCCGGCCAAAGUAAGGAUGAUGGGGAAAGUGAAGAUAAACCACAAGAAGCAAUGGCACCAAAAGUUCCACCUUUGAAGAUAGUUAUUCCUGGUGGAGCUGGUGGUUCUGGAAAUAGGAAUGAACAGGAAGAAGGCGUACAGCGUGGAGGAGGAAAGGGGCGUGGUAGUGCAUCAACAUUACCUUAUGUAAUACCAUGUACUACGGACACAGCGCAAACAUCAGAUAGUUCUGAUGGAAAUUCAGAUGACAAGCGAGUGGAAUGCAAGGGCGGGCAAAGAGUACUGCGUUCGCAUAGAACGAACGACGCCGACAAAGAUAAAGGAAAUUGCCCGCAUAGCUCAGACCGAUCGGGAUCUAACCAAAUUCUGAGUUCCCAUAAAAACCCACUUCCAGGGGCUGAUGAUGCGCCGUCAACAUCAGGUGGGAGAAACGAAUCAGACGGACCAGGAAGCAGAGGCCGGCGCUAUCAUUCUCCCUUAAAGUCUCCAAAGAGCACACGCCAAUCUUACGGACCGGGGGGCAGAGGUCGCCGCAGUACUCACAAAAAGUCUGCAAAGAAAAGAGGACACUCUUCUACUGCGGGACAUUCGGCCGACGUCCACCCAAGGAAAAGAAAAAUCAAAGCCUCUAAAGAGAGCCACUCAAGGGAGCCGACUAAGUCCGAACAUUCUGAAAAUAUCGCCCAUAAUGUUACGCAUUCCAAUCCCUAUCAAAUGUACAUACACAAAAGGAAACAGAUCGAGCGCCGUCAAAAAACCCUCUUUCCAGUCAAACCUAAACCGCCCAAAGACUUCAAUAAGUACCUGAUGAAUAGAUGCACCUACACGCUUCAAAAUAACGUGAACCCGGAGCCUCAGGUUGAUAUUCCCAUCAACAUGCCACAGCAGAUGGUCACAGAGUUCUUGUCGCAAGAGAGGGAGAGAACACGGUUACGGGUACAGCAUCAAGUUGAAAAGGAGAAAUUGGUUUUGGCUGUGGAGCAGGAAAUUUUACGGGUGCAUGGAAGGGCUGAACGGGCGGUUGCAAAUCAGGCGCUGCCGUUUUCAGUUUGCACGAUAUUACGUGAUAAAGAAGUGUAUAAUGUACUAGCGCCCGAUCAAGAAGAGAAAAGAAAUGCGCAGAGAUCAAGAUGUAAUGGAAGGCAGAUCAACUCGUGGUUGCAGGAAGUAGAUGACAAAUGGGAAAAAAUUAAGGAGGGCAUGUUGCGGCGACAGCAUACUGAAGCGGAGACACUUCACGCUGUACAAACUAUGGGUUGGGAAUGGAAACUCAAAGAGCUUGGUCUAUGUGAUCAUAAAAAUACUCCGAAAAUUGAUCCGACACACGUACCUCAAAUACACGUGUCGAAUUUUGAUUUGCCCGCUUGAGUUUUAAGUUCAUAUUGCCUUAGUUUAAUGUAACGCCUGACGGCAUUUUCCAAUCUAGCAUUUUUAUAACAACAAUUGGUAAUACGAAUCAAGCGGAGCUACUAAAUUGGAUUAUCUCUAAAUUUUCUCGACCGCAGUCGUGCUUUCCUGAAUACCUAUUGAUAUUUACAUAUCUAAGGGUGAGAGUCAGAAACGAGAACUCCACUUGGGUACCCGUAUGUCAAGUUGAUUUUGGCUUACGGGAGUCAGACCGCGCUGUUUUUGAAUCUCACCCUGAGUGCUGCUACGAGUAGGUCUUUCUUACUCGAAAUCAUUGAUCUACAAUUGCGUAUUUCAACACACUUCGAAACGUUUAAAAACUAUAAUUUUUAAAUAUUCUAAAGUGGUCUCUUCGCCGUUCACGGGAUCUCCUGCCGUGGCGCAGUAUCAUUUAUUGUAAAUUUGUUUGACAUUGACAUAAGAUGCGUUGUUUUGUUUGUAUGAUAUUGUCUUUAUUUGAAAUUAAUUGAUUGCAAUCUCAAUUAUUUUCAUUAAGUCUGAUUUAUUGAUUUGUAUAUGCUUGUACCUUGCUGAUAAAAGGUGGAUAUUCGUUAAAUCUUAAUGUAUUUUUUUUAUUUUUGACGUUUGACCUUUUUUAAUUAAUUAAAUUAUUUGUAUUAGUAUUUUGGAAAAAAAUAAUUGUCGCCAAAGGAUGAAGUCCUAUGAAAUAUCCAUAAAAGACAUCCUUGUUUUCUAAUUUUCUCACUUUAGUUAUUAUUUAAAGAAUUUAGAUUAUGUACCGAUUUGUCGGCCCUCAUUUUGGAAGUUUGCGUUCAAUAUUGAAAAUACUUGUUGCUGACCGGACCUUUCUAUAGCGUUCGAUUUUUCGAAUCUUAGUUAACGGACUGGAUAAGUAAUAAGUAAAUUAAUUACAUUCCUUUAUUAUCUAAUAUCCUCCUUUUAAACGCAACUAUUUAGACAUUCUUUAUAUUGUAGGAAUUAUAUUUUAGGUACUCAAUCCUUUAAUCAUUAUAGAAUAUAUAUAUUGAUGUGAAUAUUAAUUUUUAAAUUAGUUUUUUUUUUUAAAUAAUGAAUUUAAUUUCGAUCAAUUAAAAAGUCAUCAUAUAUAUUUAUUUUGUUCAAAUCCAAACAUUUUAUUAUGACAUCAUUUUCAUUAACUGUAAUUAUUCUUCAUUUCUGUACUGAACACAUCGGCACUUUGGUUAUACAUAUUUAAAAAUAACGUUUUACCUUUACAAAAUGCGGCCAUUUAUUUUCUCUAUUCUAAUUUAGGAAUAUUUUUUCAAAGACCGUUGUGUUCAAAAAGUUAAGUCGCGUAACCUCUUAUUUGUAACUAAGUCUAAUUGACCCUUUUUAAGCGCUCAUUUGUCUGUUUUCAUCACAGCGUAAAUACAAUUUGAAGGAUAGAGAUGAAAGAGGCAAGAAUGUAAUUGGAUUUAGUUUUUAAUAAGAGGGCAAUUAUUUACAUAAUGUGUUUUUAUGUUUGUAAUUAAUUUGACCGCGCCUUUCGUUUCUUAGAGAUUUUUUUCAAUAUUAAUUUGAAUUAAAUAAUAAAAUCUAAAUGAACA